GAUGGCGGCGACGGUAAAGCCCUUGUGCGCACAAACGCUAAACGCGACACGAAGACAACCACAGUCGAGUACGAUGAAGAGGAGCAUGUGCCUGUGAUCAAAGGCGAUGUGCCGGAUGGAGACGGAGGCGAUAACUUGGAAGACGAGGAGGAAGAUGACGAGGAUUUGGAGCCGGACGAAGAGCAUCGUGGGUCAUGUAGUCCAAAAUGGCAUCAUUAAGUACAAGGUCAAGUGGGAAGGCUACGAGAAGAAAUCUGAUCAGACAUGGGAGGAAGAAGACAACCUCAAAGAAAACGCCACGGUGGUUCUCGACGAGUACCUCGAGAAGGUUGGCGGUCGGGAUGCUAUUCUAAAGGAGAGCAAGGCCGCCGUGACGGGCAAGAAGCGCGCCCGUCCCGCAUCCAACACUCCCAACAACGGUACCAAGCGCACAAAGCGCACCGGCAGCCACCCUGCCUCAACAACUCCCCCAGCAAGCGUGAGUGAGAAGAAGUGGAAGGCGCCUGCUGGAUCCUGGGAAGACGAGGUCGAGUCGAUCGACGCUUGCCACGACGAGCAAUCAGGCAAGUUAGUGGUGUAUCUGACGUGGAAAAACGGCCAAAAGACACAGCACGACACCAAGGUCGUAUACACGCGGUGCCCUCAAAAGAUGCUUCAAUUUUACGAGCGUCACGUCAAAAUUGUGAAGACAACCAUUGACGCCGAUGAAUAACGCCAUGACUAGCUGUAGGUCUAGGUUGGAUGCCUUUUGCGCUGUUUUUUAUUUUUUUAUUUUUCUUCUCCCAGUCAGGUUGAGUCUCAGAUUUGGUAUGGAGCCACUGGAGUUGACAAAAGGCUUAGGAAUACUUCUCUGAGCAAAUAUGGAUAUCCGGACUUGUAAUAUAUACAC